CUUCUUUACAUAUGUCCUUUCUUUGUAGGAAGAAAAAAGAUGUUAAAUAGUCUACAUAAAUUGACUAGCGGCAUCUUCAAAAAAAGAAGCAAUGAUCCAAAUAACACAGAGACUGUGAAUAAUUUACCAGGCCUUUCUAAAUCAAAGAAAUCAUCGGAUACAGAAUCACCGUCAGUAUUUCAAAGACUGAGUUAUUUCACAAGAAAUAACUUCAGAAGAAGCGACAAGACGACGGAUGCUACAUACAGACCUGUAACUAAUUUCCCAGGGCCUAGUUUGUCAAAGAAAGCUUCAGGAUCAAUAUUUAAAAGACUAAGCAACGCUACUAGAAAUGUGUUCCAAAGAAGCAAUGUGGUCCAACCCCGGAAUACAAAUGCCAAGGAAUCCACUGAGAAGAAAUUGGCAUAUCCAUGGGGGCAAAAUAGAGACCGUUCAACAGAAAAGAAGCAAACUGUUAAUAAGAAAAAAGACCCUUCACCCUCAAAACAAGCAAAGGAGCAUGUACAAAAAGGGCAGAAAAAUAACCCAUUGCUUGUGAAACCAAAGGGGAAGGUAACAGAUAAACAGAAAAUAGACCCAUCACCUGCAAAACAGCAGGGAGCUAUACAGAAGAAACAAGAUCCAUUGCCCAUAAAACAGACUAAGGAGAAUGUUCCAAAAGGGCAAGGAACUUUACCAAAGAAAAAAGACCUUUCGCCUGCAAAACAGGCAAAGGAUAAUGCACCAAGAGGACGGGAAACAGUUAGGAGAAAACAAAACCCACCCCCUUCCAAAGAGAUAAAGACGAAUGUGCAAAAAGGACAGAAAAAAGAUAUUUCACCAGCAAAACAGACAAAGGAUAAUAUAUCAAAGGGGCAGGAAACUGUGCAGAAGAAAAAGGACCUUUUACCUGCAAAACAGGGAAAGGAAAUUGUACCAAGGGCAUGGGAAACUGUGCAGAAGAAAAGAGACCCAUCGCCGGCCAAACAACCAGAAAAGAAUUUACAAAAAUGGCAGAAACCAGUACAGCGCAAAAGAGAUCCUUCACCUGGAAAACAGGGAAAGGAAAUUGUACCAAGGGCAUGGGAAACUGUGCAGAGGAAAAGAGACCCAUCGCCCGUCAAACAACCAGAGAAGACUGUACAAAGAUGGCAGAAACCAGAGCAGCGCAAAAUAGAUCCUUCACCUGCAAAACAGGCAAAGCCUGUUUUAACAAGAGCGCAGGAAACUGUGCAGAAGAAAAUAGACCCAGUUCCUGCAAAACUGAUAGAACCAACUCGAAAUAUAGCAAAAGGGCAAGUGAUUGUGCAAAAGAAAAUCGACCCUUCUCCUGUGAAACAGACAGUAAACAAUAUCCAGAGAGAGAAGGUAGAAAACGCUUUGCCCAUAAAACAGCAAAAGGAUAAUGUACAGAAAGUGCAGAACAUCGUCCGAAGGAUAGAUGUUUUGCCUGCGAAAACAACAAAUACUUUACCAAAUAAGGAAAUAGCUGAAAAUAAGAGAAAGGUCCAGUUACCAAAAGAACAGAAAAAAGUUAUACAGGAUAAAGACCUUUCACCUAUGAAUAAGAUAGAAAACCAGACACCUCAAAGGCAAAAGUCUGUGAAGCAGGAUAAAAACAAAACAUCACAGACAGGGAAAAAACAUUUAAAGGUUCAAUUUGUGGAACCUGUUGAUUCUCCCAUUGCCAAGCCUCAAAUUACCCAAACACAGCCAGAGAAUCAGAAGUGUGUUAAACAAAGUUCUCUGACGAGUGUUCAAGACUACCGUCUUGGUCGUAUGCUAGGCGAAGGAAGUUUUGGCAGGGUCUUCCUGGCUCUGCACAAACCUUCGAAAAGAAACGUUGCCAUAAAAGCAUUACGCAAGACGCAUAUUCACAAUUGUGGUUUAACUAAAAGUGUUAUGCUUGAAAAGAAAAUCCUGAAAAUGGUCACUGUGGUCCAACAUCCUUUCUUGCUUGGAUUAUUUGCUGCCUUCCAGACUGAACACCACCUGUGCUUAGUGACAGAGUAUUCAGCUGGAGGUGACCUACAUGAUGCCAUUAAGAAAAAGAUAUCACAGGAGAGCAUUGUAUUUUAUGCUGCCUGCAUUGUUAAUGGCUUGCAGUACCUACACAGCAAAAGAAUUGUUCAUAGAGAUUUAAAGCCAGAGAAUAUCCUUCUGGAUAAGAGAGGUUACGCAAAAAUUGCUGAUUUUGGACUCUCAGUAGAAGGAAUCGGCUAUGAUGAUAUUAUCACUGGAAGAUGUGGAACACCAAACUUUAUGGCCCCAGAAAUGUUCACACAACCCUACUAUACCCGAGCAGUGGACUGGUGGGCCUUAGGUGUGAUUAUUUAUGAAAUGGCUACUGGAGAGUUGCCAUUUGACUCAGGAGACGAAAAAAUAAUGACUGCGAAUAUUGUUUUUAAAGAACCUUAUUAUCCUGCAGACCUUCCUAAAGAUACUCGCAGCAUAAUUGAAGCACUCCUGUAUAAAGCUGCACCAUCACGUCUUGGCUCAAGCAGACAUGGUGCUGAAGAUGUAAAAGCACAUCCUUUCUUUAAGAACAUAAAUUGGGAGGCUCUAACAAAUAAACGACUCAGGCCCCCGGUUACCCCCAAGGCUUCUGCAAAACCUAAUACAAACAAGCCUAUCUUAACAGAUGAUAAAAAUAACAAACCAAUAGCAGAGGCAAUCCAAGGGGCAUUUAAAGAAUUUGAUGAGACAGAGAUUACUUGCGGCAAAGUUAAGAAAAGCAAAAAAUAAAAGUUUAGCAAGACCAACCUAUCCAAAAAGAUCCUCGUGAAAACAGGAGCCUUAUAUAACUAAAAAGGUAAGCUUUAGUGAUGGGAUUUGUACCUAUCUACAUCUGUGUUUAUUUGUAUACACACAGUAGAGCAGUGUUCUACACAUCAAACUAUAUUACUAGUUCUUAUUCCUAAAAGAUGAUCACAGGUUGUUUGUAUUUGCACACUGAAAUAUGUCUGCCAACUGCAGAAACUGCUGCAAAUAGUGUGCCUUGUUGGGUAUUUAUAGAACCCUAAUACCUCCUUUUUAAUCAGAAAUUAAACCUUUACAUAACAUGAUGUUUACUUGUUCCCAUUGCUGAAAUGUAAAACAUAUCUCAGCAUUGUGUGAAAAAUUGUGUAAUACAGCAGUCAUCCUUGUCACCUUAGGCCUAUAUCAUUCAUUCUAUAGAUGUCUGUUAAACAUCUAGCCAUUUUAUGGAGGGGCUAGGACCGAACUGAGCAUUUUCUGAGCUACUAUACUGUAACAACAGUAAAAACGAUAAAUGUAUUUAUACAUUUAUGGAUAUGGAUAUAAAUAUAUAAGACCUGAAUUGAACAGUGCAACUUUUUUUUAGGGAGGGAGGGAGGAGAGCUCCUGUGCUGGCUGUGGAUGCCGAGGCAGCUGUAAGAUAAAAGGCGAGGAAAGAGCUAAAGCUAAGAAGUCGCUGAAGGGAGAGAUUCACUCUUCAUGGAACAACAUCAAAAAGAACUUUUUGUUUGCUACUGAAGUAACAAUUUGAGAAUAAGGAACAUACAUAUGAGAGCCUAAAACUCACAGCACACCUUAAUGACUGUGAAGAUUUUCAUUCAUCCCGUUGAACUGAAGAAGCGGCUCGGAUGAGAAGUGAAACAUCUUCAAUGUUGCGCUGGAUUUAUUUAUACUAGAUAGCACACCUUAAUGUAUAUUAAAAGUGCUACCAAGCGCUUGUGUGCAUGUACCUUAAAUCAAUAUAUGUUAUACCAAAUUGUUUAUAUAAAGCAGCAAAUUAAAUAUGUAUUUAUUAUUACUAUUAUUUUGUUCAAUAUU